GGCAGCGGAACCGUUCAGGCUGUGAUUCUGUCGUGCACAUAGCAACACAAACGUUAAAUCAACGCACACUGACAACCGAUGACACGUCUUCUGGUCAAAAUAACCUCAACGGACCGGCGACCGAUUUAAAGAAAAUGAUUCCACAGUUGUCCAACCCGUCGGUGUGCAUGAGGGACCCUCAGAGGGUGCAGGAGAUCCUACAGUCCAUGGUGAAGGCUGGCUCCAACACCGUGCAGGUGAUCUCCGAUUUUGACAUGACCCUAACAAGAUUUGCGCACAAUGGCAAAAGGUGCCCCACCUGCCACAAUAUUCUUGACAACAGCAAACUUAUCUCCAGUGACUGCAAAGAAAAGCUGACGGAGCUGCUCAACACGUACUACCCUAUAGAGAUCGACUCUUCACGGUCAAUAGAGGAAAAGCUGCCCCUUAUGGUUGAGUGGUGGACUAGAGCCCAUGAACUACUGGUACAACAGGAGAUUAGGAAAGACCUGCUGGCCGUGGCCGUGCGGGAGUCUGAUGCCAUGCUGAGGGAGGGCUACCAGCUGUUCUUUGAUCACCUGCAUGAGCACAGCAUCCCUCUGCUCAUCUUCUCUGCUGGAAUAGGAGACAUCCUAGAAGAGGUUAUCCGCCAGGCUGAUGUCUUCCACUCCAACGUCAAAGUCUUCUCCAACUACAUGGACUUCAAUGAGUCUGGAGUGUUGAAGGCUUUCAAGGGGGAGCUGAUCCACAUCUAUAAUAAAAGGGAAGGUGCGCUGCUCAACACUGGCCACUUCCAAGAGCUGCGGACGCGGCCUAACGUGCUACUGAUGGGGGACUCUCUGGGAGAUCUCACCAUGGCUGAUGGGGUGCAGGACAUGGAAAACAUCCUCAAGAUUGGGUUCCUCAAUGACAAGGUGGAGGAGAGGAAGCAAUCAUACUUGGACUCAUAUGACAUUGUGUUGGUAAAAGAUGAGACCUUGGAAGUCCCUAACGCCCUUCUGCUCUACCUCACUGGCAAUAAGUGAACUGAGAAUUGAGAAUACCACUGGCUGUUUGGUAUUGGACACUCCAGGUCACCAGCUGAAGAGGCCCCUGCUCAGAAAGUGCCAGUUAAACGCUUACAGACAAGAAUGUGUCGUCAUUAUUUUUUUAUUUUACAAAAUUAUUUGCAAGCUCACGCACACCACCUUACCCUCUUACAUCUUUGUCCAUUGGAUUUCUUCUCUUGUUUAACGGUUUAACUACUUUUGGACCAUACUGUAUGUGAUGGAAGCCAGAUACCUACUGUGCAGUAUGUAAAGUGUAUGAUUGGUGUUGUCAGACAGUUUUUGGUCUUCAUAUGUAGGAUGUCAUGAUUAAGGGAAAGAAUAACGCACAACAUAAAUGGCAGCACAUGACUGCAUUCGGUUUGAAACGGAUAUCGAGCCUCUUACAAUAAAACUUGAAUUUAUAGCUCAUUUUAACCUGAAACUACGGUUUAACAUUUUAUUGGUGUCAAGUCUUCCAGUUUUUGGUCAUAUUGUCAAUCAUGAAAACUAUUGUUUUUCUUGUGUAACACCACGGUGCUACUUUAUAUAAGUAUGAGAUAUAAGAGUAAAAUAAAUAUGUUAACAUGAGUAAAACAUAAAUAUGUCACUGAAAGGUGAAAGUGUUUGUAAGAACUAACUGCUACCUCAGAAGUGUUACGGUAUUAACGUUAAAUAACGGGGUUUUGUUAGUAUUUUGAAUGAUUUCACCUUUACUGUCAUUUUAACCAAGGUUUAGAUAAAGAUCGAUUCAAAAUGUUCACACAGCAACAAACAAAAGCUUCCAAAAAACAAGGAUUAACACAAUAUCCAAAAACAACUUUUGUCUGUUAUUGUGUGCCACACGCAGUCAGGUCAUGCAUUUUUUUUGUCUUUACAAAGUCAUUACCUUUUCAUAUGUUCCAGCUUGUCUGAAAUAAAAUGUGGUUUCACCCGUUUCUCAUCA